AUGCUGUUUGGGAAAGCUGACAGAAAAGCAGAUUCAGAGAUUCCCAGCAAGGUCCUUGAUUCUCAGAAAGACAGGAGACCUGACUUUCUCUUUUCCAGCAAAAUCCAAUUCUCCGCACACCAAGAUUUGGCCACUGCAAGGAGCAGGAAGUCUGUGCCACCUCAAAGAUCUAACCUGAACCAUGACAUUUGGGAAAUCAAGCCCCCCAGUUGUAGCUACAAGGUCGGCAAGACUUUGGUUGUCCCCAGAAACCCAGCCGAUGCAAGAAAGAAAGAGGCUAAGAGAAAUCUAAGGAGUUCCUUGGAGAGCCAAACUCUCCACUCCCAGAUCAACCACGACCCCUCAGCAGUUGUGAAGAAGCCCACCCUGCCUGAAUUCAAAACUACAUUCCCGCCCUUGGGUCCUCAUGAAGCCAAGAUCAUGUUCGUGAAGCACGGGAAUUAUCAGAGUGGCAGUUACCGUAAUCCCAAACCUCACGAUUUUAGACAGCGUCGAUCUGGUUUACCCAACUUUGGGACUUCUUCUGUCAGUGACCCUUUUGGUUUAAAGUUCAAAUCACAGCAUCUGGAUACAAUGUACGGACUACCAUCUCUGAAAGACGAGCCACCAAAGGGAGUGAGAUUCGUUACCUUUAAGCCUCUCGAAUGUACCUGGGAUGCCAAACUCAUCCUGCCCAAAAGCCCUUGGCCCCUGAAGUCCGCUUCCUUCACGGAACUAUUCAUCAACUGUUUCCAAAGGUCCCAACUGGAUUAA